ACGCGCGGGACGACGCCACCACCUCCUCCUCCUCCUCCUCCUCCGCGGCCUCGUCGCGAAGUUCUCUCUGACCCCGCGACGCGAUGUCGCCUUCGCGACCGAAGAAGUGCGCGCGUCUCGUAGGCGCCGGCGACGAGACCAUGAGCGCGAAAGUCCUUAAGGAUCGGCGUUCACCACGCGAACGCGGUCGUAUGGGAACCAGUGUAUAGAACGCACCUAACGGAUCGUCUUCCGUCGACCUCGACGACGACGCCCCGCCCCUGGAACGACUCGCCGCGGACGCGGACGCGCGCGAUGUCUUCGACGCGAACAUCCUCUCGCGGCUCGACAGCGGCGACCUCGCGGUGCUCGCGACGGUGAGCCGUCAGAUGCGCGACGGCGUCUUCACGUCGCCCGUCGAGCAUGACGUGAGGGACCUCGCGGCGGUGAGGAGGGAGCUCUGGAAAAUGCCAAACUUCGUCGGGUCGGUCGGCGGGCUGGCGUGGGCGAAAGAGCGAGGAUGUCCGUGGGAGGUGACGAAGUUCGCGCUGCGAUGUUGGACGUACUCGAGGGCAGGAUAUCCGCUCCAGAAGAAGACGACGUUCGGGUGCAUCGCAGCGGGCGGGAACGUGGAGGUCGCGGAGUGGGCGCGCCAGAACGGACUUCUAUGGAAUGAGUGGACAUGUGGACAGUGGACAUGCGACAACGCCGCGGAAGGCGGCCACCUGGAGAUGUUGCAGUGGGCGCGAGCGAACGGCUGCCCGUGGGACGCGAGGACUUGCGCCCACGCCGCGGAAGGCGGUCACCUGCAGAUGCUACAGUGGGCGCGCGCGAACGGCUGCCCGUGGGACGAGGAGACUUGCGCCCACGCCGCGAAAGGCGGCCACAUGGACGUGCUGGAGUGGGCGAGAGCGAACGGCUGCCCGUGGCAUUGGAGCACUUGCGAAUAUGCCGCGGAAGGCGGCCACCUGGAGGUGUUGAAGUGGGCGCGCGCGGAAGGCUGCCCGUGGGACAAGGAGACUUGCACCGCAGCCGCGUAUGGCGGUUACCUGGAGAUGUUGCAGUGGGCGCGCGCGGAAGGCUGCCCGUGGGACGUGGAGACUUGCACCGAAGCCGCGAGAGGCGGCCACCUCGACGUGCUUAAGUGGUUACGAAUGAACGAAGCUCCGUGGAACAACUGGACUUGCGCCAAUGCCGCGAAAGGCGGCCACAUGAGGAUGCUGCAGUGGGCGCGGGCGAACGGCGCUCCGUGGGACGAGCGGACUUGCGCCGAAGCCGCGGGUGGCGGCCAUCUGAAGGUGCUUAAGUGGUUACGAAAGAACGAAGCUCCGUGGAACGCGACGACUUGCGCCCUCGCCGCGUAUGGCGGCCAACUGGAGGUGCUGCAGUGGGCGCGCGCGAGUAAACCCCCAGCUCCGUGGGAUGAGGGGACUUGCUACUGUGCCGCGGGUGAAGGCCACCUGAAGGUGCUGAAGUGGGCGCGCGCGGAAGGCUGCCCGUGGGACGAGAGGACUUGCGCCAACGCCGCGAAAGGCGGUCACCUGGACGUGCUGCAGUGGGCGCGCGCGGAAGGCUGCCCGUGGGACGAGAGUACUUGCGCCGAGGCCGCGGAAGACUUUGGUCACCUGGACGUGCUGGUGUGGGCGCGCGCGAACGGCGCUCCUGAGUAA